GCACAUUACUGCUAAAUUUAGUGGUUGGUUUACGGCAAUUCUUCAUAGUCAAUAUUCAAAUUGGUGCAUGGAUUUCUACAAGCUAUAUAAGUUAGACUCAUGUGAAGAAUUUGAGCAUCAAUGGUCUCAAGUUAUGGCAAAAUAUGACAUGCUUACUAACAAGCAUGUUGACCUUGCCAUUGAAGAUAUUGAGCAAUCACAAUCACAUGAUACAAUGUUGGAGAAAUAUAGAGGUUCUUCUUUAAGAACACUGUCAUUGAUAGAAGAACAAGCACAUAGUGUGUUGACACCCUAUGCUUUCAAAAUUUUUCAAGAGGAGUUUGGAAGAGCCACACAAUAUUCCGUGCUUCAAGAAAACGGUAUUGAAUUUCUGUUGCAAUAUUAUGAAGAAAAAACUAGUCAAAAGCACUUGGUCUUAUGGGAUGGUGAGAUGACUAGUUGUAGUUGCAAGAAUUUUGAAUUUUGGGGUAUACUUUUUCGUCACACACUUAGUGUAUUCAUUCACAAAGAUUGCUACUGAAUUCCAUCUUUGUAUCUUCCACCACGUUGUUGUCGCUAAACAUCAUUAGGUGGAAAAGAAUUGAUAGUGUUGAGUGAUGAAAAUUUAGUGGACAAGGAAAAUAUGGUUGGUGCUAAUGCUAAUGAUGCUAUUGAUGGAGAUUGUUUUUUUUGUUGUCUUCCACUCUCACAAACGAAAGGUCGCCCAAAGCAAAAAAGAAUGAAAGGUGGAAAAGAAUUGGGAAAGCAAAAGAGAACUUAUGGGUUUUGUAAGCAUGUUGGUCAUAACAUCUCUACAUGUCCUGAGAGGGAGAAGGAAAACUCAAUUUCCUCAAAUGGUGCAAAGAAAAGGAAAAAUUGUACUUCAAUAGA